UGACAUGUGAGCACGUCGCACGUCCUCAGUGCAUCUGGUACGCGUGUCGCAGUUGUUUGAUUUUUUUGAGAUUGGGUGGUUUCUCUUCGCAAGAAUUAAACGUUCUUGAAAAUAUCGGAUUAGAAAUCUACCAUUAAGCACACAUUAACUGGAGUUUGCUCAAGAAGGAAAAAUACGAUGGAGAAUUCUCAGCAAGAAGAACACUUCACUUGUUGGACGUGCAAAGUAAAGUUCACAGAUCUGGUAAUGUUCAGAAAUCAUUAUCGUUCCGAAUGGCACAGGUACAACAUACAUGUAACAGUGAGUGGAUUGCCACCGAUCACUCUCGAAGACUUCCAGAGGAAGGAAGCGAUUUAUCGCGAGAAUAUUGCGGAACAGACUGAGGAUAAGCAGUUCUGCGAAGUCUGCCGAAAGAAGUUUGGCAGUCAGAAGCAGUACAAGAAUCAUCUAGCCUCGAAGGCUCAUAAAAAGAAUCUGGAGCAAAAGGAUGAAACCGUGGUUUUCAGCAAAAAAUUAACGAGCACGGAGGAUAUAUCCAGUAAGAACGAAGAGGACAUGUCCAAUGAGAACGAAGAGGAAAUCGAAACGGAUUCGGAUGUAGAAUCUUUGGAUUCGGACGAGUGGCUUGAGGACUCAAAGUAUCAGAUUUAUGAAAACAAUUGCCUGUUCUGUGACCAGCGUAGUAAAUCCUUAAUGUGCAAUAUGAGACACAUGAUGAAGAAACAUUCGUUCUUCAUACCCGAUCUUGAGUACUGCGUGGAUAUAAACGGCCUGUUAAAGUACUUGGAAGAGAAAAUUUGUACGGACUUGAAAUGCAUUUGGUGUAACGACUCAGGAAGGAAAAUGCGAAGUUCAGAAGCAGUGAAAAUGCAUAUGAUCGACAAGGGCCACUGCAAAAUGCUGUUCGAAGGAGAGGCGAUGCUUGAAUAUUUGUCUUUCUAUGAUUACUCGUCCAGCUAUCCAGAUGCUGAGAAUGCCAAUCCGGAUGAAGAAUCACCGGAAUCGCCGGAAGUUUUAGAUGACGAGGCUUAUAUGAUGAAGUUACCGUCUGGCAAGUUGAUCAUCCAUCGUGCCUUGGCACUUUACUGUAAGCAGAAUGUACCUGUAGGAACUGCAGCGACGAUAAAGAACUUGAAAUAUUGGCCGCAUAAGCGGAUGAUAAAGGAUGCAUCGUUCGGUACCGUGGAAAAGAAACUCGAGGCCGCCCGAAUGACGAAGCGAGACAUUCAGAAAUUCCAACGAAUCCAAGCGAAGUACUCAACGCAGCUACAAGUCAAACAGAACAAAUUGCAGAAGCAUUUCAGACAACAAACGAACUUUUAAUCGUAUCUAAUUGUAUGCUCUUUGUGUACCUAUAUGUCGUAUUUUAAAAAGACAUAAAUUAUUAAAAAUAUAA